AUGGCCCCGAAAGGUGCAGCGAAGAACGUCGACCCAGCAAGUGUUGACUCGGCGUGGAAAGUGUUGCAAAUGAAGAUGAACGAAAAGAAGCAACAGAGCUUGGCAGCAAAAACUACAACAACCUCGAAAAAUCCACCGGCCCAAAAAAGUCACACGAGGAAGCGGAAGCAAAUGUUCGACCAAGAAAAAGAAGCAGCAAAAGCAAAAGUAUCGAAGGUCGAAGCCGACACGCUGGUACUAUCGUCCUGCCGUGAACGGGGAGAACUAACCCCGAUUCUGGCGCUGGAUUGUGAGUACGUUGGCGUGGGUUCGGAGGGUCGCGAUGAUUCCUUGGCAAGGGUCUCGGUAGUCAAUGAGCAGGGAAAGGUUGUCUACGAUAAAUUCGUCGCUUCUAAGGAACGAAUCGUUGACUUCCGCACACAAGUAUCCGGCAUCAGAGCUAAAGAUUUGGUGAACGCCCCGUCCUUCGAAUCGGUUCGUUCAGAGGUGCAUUCUCUGCUUUCCAAUAGAACGAUCGUCGGCCACGCGCUUCAUAAUGAUUUCAGGGUGCUCCAACUCAAUAUACCUCGGAAGUUUUCGAGGGACAUCGCGAAAUCUAGGUUUCUAAGGAAGGAGUCAAAAUCCGGUGACCGACCAUCGUUGCGCGGAUAUGCCGAGAAGCUUCUUGGAAUCACGAUUCAGGAUGGAGAACACGAUUCGAUUGUGGAUGCACGCGUGGCCCUGCGCAUCUACCUGCUUCACAAAAAGCAAAUCGAGGAGGAGCUCGCCCGUUACAAA